CAGUCGCGUCGCGGACACCACAGAGAGCGGACGUAUCGCGCUCCAACCAAAAAAAUAAUAAAAAACCCCCCCUAAAACACGUGCAUUCGAAUUCCAAAUUCAAAAGUGACGUUUUAACUUUUUUUUUCUCCAACUAUUCGCGCGAGUGUUCGACAUUUGAACGUGGAAGAAGUUUGCAAAAAGUUUUUAAUUAAUAAAAAAUUGUGGUGACUUUGUCGGUGAUGCCAGAUUAUUAAGAUGAAAAUAACCUAGGAAUAUUUUGGUCGAGGACGCCGCUCGGAGACAGUUAAACUGUUCGUGAAAUAUAUGGAUCAUGGUUUACUUAUGUGUUCAGUGAAAAAGUUUCAAGGAUUGCUUAGAAAGUUAAGCAAGUAAAGUUGAACGAAACAGGUACGGUUUAUAAUGAAAGAUGGCAGUAAAAAUCCGGUCUUAUCAUUAAGGUCGCUUAACGGACGAGAGCCUUUAAUUAAGAUUUUAUAAAGUGGCGCAAAGUAAUCACCUUUCCACUCAAAACUAAUGAAAUUAUUAACAAACUAAAAAACUGAACUACAUAUCUACUAAAAUAGAAGAAAAAAAGGUGACUAGAAUUUUGUGCAAUAAAGUGUAAACAAAAAGUGAAUUGAAUAAAAAACUAUUCCGAAAAAAUAACAGUGAAAUAUUAGAUGUUUCAAAAAAAUAAUAGUGAAAUAUUAGGUGUUCCGAAAAACAACAGUGAAAGUGUAAAAUUGAAAUUUAAAAAUUAAAUAUUGUAUUAAGUGAUUAGUGAAUAAAUAGCUAUGCUUUGCUAGUGAGGUGAUAUUGAUGAUUUUGUUAGCAUCACCACGAAUGCGGGCGAGCGGCCCCUCCGGCCGGCAGGUCAAUGACAUCGCCGGCACUUCUUGUGCUUUCCUUGGCUGUUGUUUGCUCAAUCUUCGGCGUCACUUCGGAAACAGCUGAUUAUGACAACAGACCAAAAAUGGCCGACUCAGACUAUGAUAUAAAUAUAAAAAAUAAUUGGACCAAUAAACUAAGUCAUAAAAUUAAUUACAACGAAAACCUAGACGAGGUUAGGGCUAAUAAUAAUAAUUUCGACGAUAUAUUUGAAGGUGAUGAAUUACAAGAAAGGAAUUUAGAACUACAUAGAAGUUUUAUAAGAGAAAUGAUGGGUAAUAGAGUAGAAGAAAUGAGACAUUUUGAUGAAAGUAGAGUUGAUGUAAAGAGUAGAAUGAGAAGAGAAGAUAAGGACCCAAGAUGUGAAUCAUUUCAGUAUGAUGAUAAAGAGAAGUUUAUCACUCAUCCGCACUCUAAGAAUACUGGUUCUAAUUACUAUUAUAAUAACACUGAUUGUGUUACAAAAAUUAAUGCUACUUCAAUAGACCAAGUAAUAGUGCUCACGUUCGUAGACGUUUUCCGCAUAGAAUAUCAUCCGGAAUGCGCUUAUGACUUUUUAGAGAUUCGAGAUGGUUACUAUGCUUACGCCGACCUGCUGGGCAGGUUUUGCGGCCAGGCGUUCCCGAGGACGUUGAAAACCAAAGGUCCUAACGUCUGGUUGAAGUUCCACUCUGAUGACACCAUAGAAUAUGAGGGGUUUAAGAUUAAUGUCGAAUUUAAAACUGCUCCGAGUUAUCACAUACCACAAUCAUGCUACAAAACUUUCGAAAACGUCAAAUAUGGUAUCAUAGACACUAAGAAGAUAGAUGCUCAUUGUAAAAGUAACUCAAACCACGCGCUAGAUGUGAUGUGGACUAUUAUAGUUCCUGAGAAUAUGAAGAUAUACCUUAACUUUACUCAUUAUACUCUAGAAAAGCCGAAUGAGUGCAACAAGAAUAUCAUUCAAGUCUUUGAGACGGCUCACCAGGAGAUGGACACCAAUCUAGCAGAAUACUGCGGGUCUGUAGCCAAUUCGGUGACGACAAAGGACGGCAAUGUCAUGUAUGUGAGAAUGUUUGUGGCUAAAGACGCUCAAGAGGAGACCAAGUUUAUAGCCACCUUCAACGCGUACAGGACACUAGGGUCGGGUACUGAUGAUAAGUGUACAGAUGAAGAAUUUGAUUGCGAAGACAACACUUGUAUUGAUUUGCAUUUGAAAUGCGAUACUUUGGCUCAUUGUCGCUUGAAAGCUGACGAAGACCCUGCAAAAUGCGAUACGAAAACAGAAUCAACGAUCAACCAGCCUCACAUAUUGAUGAUCCUAAUUAUUUUCUCCCUCAUUCUGUCAGGCAUGACCUUUGUGUUCAUCUUCAAAUGCAUACGAAAGCUGUAUCAGGAUCAUAAGAUUAUCAAGGAACAUAUAAGACAGUCAUGUGAAGACCGUCUGGAUAACCUGGUAGAGAGUCGUCUGACCCUGGACCCCAAGAGACUACAGAGAGACAGUGAGCCACGAGUGAGUUUGGAGAGAGAGAACCACAAUAAUGAAAUGGUGAAGAAACAGAGAAGUUUUUCGUCGAAACAUAAGCAAUCAAGUAUAGAAUCCGACUACCAGGAAACCCACUUAGACUUAGACGAAGAAAUCUGGAGAAGAGAAGUGGACAGCAUGCCAAUAGAAGAAGAUAUCAGGAUCGAACGCAAUGGAAGAACGAGACGCAGUGACUUGAGCAAAAAAGAAGAAUCUAUGAGGAGUAGAACGAAAGAGAGUGACGAUAGCAGAGAGAAGAAGGAACUUAAAGAACAUAAGAGGGAGAUUAGAGAUGUUUCUGUUGGGGCUCCUGAUACUAAAGAGUCUGGUUGUCAGACGAGAGAGAGUUUGUUCCAAACAGAUCCUCCGCCUAGUUCAGAUGGUUCCGGCACCAACAGCCGAGGGUUCUCCACGUUCGGCUACUCGGGCGCCACCAUAGUCAGGCCUUCGCCCCCCAUCACCAACACCUCGGAGAUCACCAUAGAACUGCUCAAGCAGAUACCUCCUCAGGAGAUUAAACAAAAGAAAAUCCCCGACCGUCGCCCAAUAAGUACCGAGACAACCCGAUCAGCUCCCGACGUCAUCAUAGUAUCCAAGCCGAUUCGCUGAGGGUGACCUUUGGGGCCCCCACCGUGGGCUCCAACACCACCCGACUCCUGGUACCCCCUGGAGCCCAGACUCCGGCCUGAGGGGUCCUACCACCCACACACAUGUCACCUCGACACGUUUUCAAAAAGCAUGUCAUUUGACAACAACUGUGAUGGGUACUACAGUAAAUAUUUUGACGAAAGACCGAAGUUAAUAUACGAUUAUUGUUUGAAAAGUGAUUUAGAUUAUAAAAGGUCUCAGACUUUGCCUAGGAAUUUGGGUUCUAGUGUGGAUUAUAGGGGGAAAGUUUACCCUCAACGCAGUGUUUGUUUUUACGGUUUGGAUGACGAAGAAGAGACUUGUCAUCGGCCAAGAAAGACGUUUGUGGUGACAGCUGACAUUGAACCCCAUAGAUAACGAUUGUGACAACUUUUUUAGCAUUUUUUAAAUAGAUAAUAUAAUAAAAUAAAUUGUUUUUCUUUUUGGUUUGCGGUUAAAUGAAUUGUUGUUGUUGUUUAUGGUUUUGAAAUAGGAUAAGUAUUGGAAUGGAUUUUGUGGUUUUGAAUUAUGUAAUUUUGGUAAUUAAUUUGUUUGAAUUUGGAUCGCCAUAUACACUAUGUUUUUUUUUUUUACAGUUGGCCGCAAAUAACGGUCCUGUAUUUUUUUGUGGGUUUGAAAAAGAGUAUGUCUGUUAUAAAUUAAAGCCAACGUUAUUUUUUAAUAAACAGUAACUUUUAUUUUAUCAGAAAAUGAACUAUACUAAACGCACAUAAAAUAAUAUAAAUAUGUAUAGUAAAAAAUCUGCUGCAAUUAUGUAAAUAUAUAUUUAAAACGAAACUGCCAUUUUUAUUGUUAGUUCAUUGAAAUAAAACGUAGAAAUACUACGAAAGAAAUAUCAAAAUAAAAAAUAUAUAUUUUAAUGUCUAUCCACCGACCGACUACCAUUUCUCUUCUGAUCGGUCGACGCUUUCGGCUGUAUCUUAGCCACGAGCCAUGAGCCACUUCUUUCUUUCAUUAGGCAUUUCUUUUGGAGUAUUUCUACAUAAAAAAUAUAGAGAAGAAAUAAUUUUGUUUCUUUAGUUUUUUUAAGAUAGAAUGGGUUUAAUUUAAAUAAUGUAAUAAUUUAAAGGAGUUUACUUAUAUCUUAAUGCUUUAAAAUGUUUUAAGUUUGUAAUAAUUUAUUUAUGAAGCAAUACAAUUUUAAAUGUUUCACUUUUAGAAAGUAUUUAUUUGACGCUAAAAUAAUUAAUACAUAGUUAAUUAAUUUGAUUGUUCAACAUAACACAAGUCUUCCAAGAAUAAAAAAAGUAAUUAUUAUUAAAAAUGUUGUUUUUUUUUAAAUUACAGGAAACAAUAAUUGAUUUUGUUUGUGAAAUAUAAUUUAUUGUGUGUCCACAUAGCAAUUUUAAAGCAUAACAUAAAAUUGAUUUUAAUUUAAAUUAAAAUUAUCUGAUGUACGCUAUAGUUAAUAGCAAGUUUACAUUGAAUUGUCAGUAAAACGAAAAUUAAAGUAUUUUUUAUUAUUUUCCUAAUAAAAUGUCAAAUUAUCCUGAUUUAAAAACUGCGAAUGUGAAUAUAAUAUUUGCAAACGUGGACACACUUUGUUUGUAAAAAUCAUUUUUUGAAAUAAAUAUAGUUUAAAAACUAGAAAAAGUUAGACAAAUAAAUAAAUAGACCAAUUCGAAAUAAAUCGUAUAUUAUAAGAAUCAAUAAAAAAUAAGUAAAAUACGAUUGUAAAUAACUUGUAGAUAAUUUUCGAAUUAAAAUAUUAAGAUAAAUAAAUGUUAAAUAAUUUAUGUUAAUUGUUAUAAAAAAUAACAAUUUGACAAUAUGUUGAUUUAUAUUUUUUGUGUAAUUUAUAUUAUUGAAAUAUAAUAGUUUAAUAAAAAUUUAUUACAAAAGUGUUAUGUUAUUUAUCUUUGAAUAUUUAUUUAUAACAGAUGUUAGAACUAAUUAAUUGGAAAUAUUUUGUUACGCGUGCCCAAAAUCGUCAAAGAAAAUAAGGUAAAAUUUUGGUAAUGUAAAAAUGUGUUUCUAUUAUAACAGAAAAAAAACACGCGUUUUAUUCAAAUUCCCAAAAAUGAAGAAACUUUUAUUUUUCACUUAGUAACCAUUCUCAACCCCCUACCACUCCCUCUGUGGUAUUUAUUAAAACAAGAAAUUAUCAUAGCUAAAGUAAUAAUUCCGAGCCUAACUUCGCUUAAAAUAUUCACGACUUAUCUUUACCAAAAUUCAUCUUAACGACAACUUUAUAAUAAUUCAGAAAUACUCCUUAGAACAAAAUUCUUUAACAGCCAAUCGCGUAAAAGCAAUGCCAAAGCUUCUUACAAUUCGAUUCUAAGUUUGAAAUUUAAAUUAAUUGAAUAACAGGACUUCGAAAAGGUUGUCUUAGCUAUUGGAGGGAACGCGUAAAGUUAUUAUUGGCCAAUCAGAGCGGUCAAAGUUUUGAAUUAAAUUUUCGAAUGCGUUUUAAUCAAGCGUAAUUUGGUAUCGGCCAGGAAAGUUGUAGUUUGGUUACAAUCUUAAUAUUACGUUUUUAAUUAUAUUAAAAAAAAAUGCUGCUUAAAAUAAAAAUUCAUUGGUUAAGUGAUAUUUAUUAAGUAUUUACAAGAUUUAUAAUUUCUCAUAUUAUUUUUAAACUGGAUUUUUAAAAUAAAAAGUCAUAUCAUUGUUAUCUUUGACGACCUCCAUUGCGCAAUGGUCACCAUGCCGGACUGCCGAACCUUAGGUCCUGGGUUCGAAUCCCGCUUCGGUCGACAUUUGUGUGAUGAGCAUGCUUGUUGGCCGUGGUCUGGGCGUUAUAAUAUGCAUAUAUGUAGGUAUAUGUAAUUUAUCAGUUGUGUUAGCACCCAUAACACAAGUUAAUUAAUAACUUAGCAUGGGGCUAACCGACCGUGUGUGAAAAAGGUGUCCCGACAUUAUAUAAUAUUAUAUUAGUAGUAAUAUAUAUAUAUCUUUAGUGAAAUGCAAACCCAAACGGAGUACUUAUUUGUAUAAUUUUAUUUACCUAUCCAGAAGGCUUAAUUAAGUUGAUGUUUAUUCAAUAUUUACGGGAGAAGUUAAUAAAACACUUGACUGGCUCUUAAGAAGAUAUUGACAGUAAUAAAUUAUGAUUUCUACUUAAUAAAAAUAAACGUCAUUAUUAAAUUUUACGAGGUUUUUUUUACGGUUCAAAAUUAAAUGAAAAAUUGGGGUUGUUGUAGGUAAUUUGGUUAUAAUAUCAUGUUUUUAAAAGAAAUUACUUCUCCAUUUUUUAAAGAUUUUCUAUUUAUAUUCUUCGCAAUAAAAACACUUUUUGGUCAGUCUGUUGGACGUGAAUGAUACCCUAACAUAAUUAAGAAAAGCCUAGGCUAAUAAUAAUUCCAAUAACCACCCAAAAUGUUCUUCAAACAAAUAAAAAUUACAAUCAUUACAUAAUUGACUGAAUUCGUUCAAAAACUUUGAGCAGAUCACACUCAAACGUCUAAAAAGGUUGAAACCAAUUUGCGACUCUUUUCAAACUUUUCAAGAGAGAAAUUAAAACCUUUUUCGCGGAAAUAAGAAUGCUUUUGAACGAACGAAAAAAAAAUGCUGGAAAUUAUGGCGGGUCUUUGUUGAAUUUUAUGAAUAAUUUCGAAGUUCAGUUGAUCUUUCUUGUUUUAUACAAAUUGUCGGUAAACGUUUCGGUUUUAAGGUUAUUAUUGUUCUUGUUAUACAAUUUUUGGAGCUGUCUUUCAUGUUAUUUAGGGGUGUUUUGACCUGCUUGAAGAAUAUUUAAUUACCCGUGUAUUUGUAUAAGAUUUUUCUUUUUUUUUGACUUCUUUAUCGUCAACUAGCUAGGUAAUACCUACUUUAUCAAAUACUUAAAUAAAUCUUAAGCCAUUUUUAUUUUGUUAAAUUAUUUUAACUUUUUCAUAACAUAUUGAAUGUAGGUUUAUUUACGUAUGUUAUGUACCUAUAGAAAAAAGUUAUUAAGGUAAAUAAAAAUAAAUGAAUUUACAAAAUAGAUAUUAAACAGGGAUGGUAUUUAUUUUAGACUCAAAUGAAAUAAUAAAUCAUCAACAUUUUAUUUCUGUCACAAAACGAUGUCUUCAAAAUACUUAUUCCGUAAAAAUUUUACGUUUUAUUUUACUAAACAUCUAUCCGUCAUAAAAUAAAUAUUUGAAAAUAGAAACACGUUUUUAUUCGAAUUCCAUUUUCAAAACGAAAUAGAACCAACAUUUAUUUUCUGGCCAUCGUAGCGACUUUUGUUAAAAAUAUUUUUUGAGCGAAAUUGAAUAAAAUUAUUUUAUCUUUAUUGGGCACGUUAAACUGUAGGUCCCGGGUGUCAUUUGAACAUCUUUGGCAGUCGUUACGGGUAGUCAGAAGCCAGUAAGUCUGACAACCAGUCUUACCAAGGGGUGUUGGGUUGCCCGGGUAACUGGGUUGAGGAGGUCAGAUACACUGUCGCUCCUUGUAAAACAUUGUUACUCAGCUGCACCCGGUAGGACUGGAAGCCGACCCCAACAAAGUUGGGAAAAAGCUAGACGGCUGAUGAUGAACUUUGUUGUUGCAAAUAGCUUUUUGAAACUGUAGAAAUAUAGAUUGUAGUGUAAAUAACAUUGUAAAUAUAUUAACGAUUUAUAUAUUGUUAAAUUUGUAAGUAAAUAAAUUUUAAGCGUUUUUCUUA